GGCGUCUCCUAUCGCCCUCUCGGUUGUCCUGCUAUGUCUGCACUCAGCAUACAGCAGACUUGUAUCCAAGUACAGUGGCAGGAGUGCGAGUGCCGAGGACGAGGCCAUCGAUGCCAAGAUCAGCUGGACGCUCUCCUCACUCAUCGGCAUCCAGCCAGAAGGCGAGGGCGUGCGCGCACCAGCCACCGUCCAGCAUCCCCAGUCACCGGCGGAAGAGCGAACUGCUCGCAUGGCUGCGAAGAAGGGGACACAAGCCGGCCGAGAGGGCAUUGGCACCCCCAGAGGCUUCACCACCAUCCGCGCUGAUGACCUGGUGGCCGUCGAUGUCGUCGCGAAGAGCAAGGACGACGCCCCUCGGCUUCUAGAGGAGCUGAGCAGAUGGGCAUGGAGGACGGUGUGGCGUUCCAGAAGGUGGUGUCUGGGCGGCUACCCGUGUCGGCCAUCGACAAGCUGCCGUCGCUGCCGAGGCUCCACUAUGCAUCUCGGAGCUUUAUCGUCCACCGGGGGGCAUUCGACUCACUCGGCAGCGUCGAUGUGGCUCGCGGACUGGCGACCAGUCAAGCGGAUUUGGCACACCGUGUCGAUGUGGUGAGGACCACACUCGGCCUGACUGGUCGCGGUCAGAAGAUUGGACUCCUUUCUGACAGUGUGGAUAUGACCAGCCCCUUCUUUGGGUCGGUGGCUAAGGAUGUGGAGACUGGCGACCUGCCACCCAAAGGCAUACUGGUGGUUCAGGAUGGAUCGCCAGGUGACAGUGACGAAGGCAGAGGUGAGUGGGCGGCUGAGGGAUGAACACCACAACAAAAGGGAGCGACGUUGCAUUUGUGUUGUGCAUGUGGUCUGUGUGUGUGGGUGUGCGUCAGCGAUGGCUCAGCUGAUACACGACUUGGCUCCACAUGCGGCCCUUUCCUUUGCCACAACGGAUUUCGGAGCGGCGGUGUUUGCGAACAACAUUCUUCGGCUGGCCGAGCUCAACGACAUCCUGGUUGACGAUGUAUGAAACAACCAUUGCGCCGCCCUGUGCAUCUCCUGAUUGUUCCACGUCCUGCCCUUUUUUGCAACCAGAUUGGGAUAGCAGCCGAGCCUUUCUUUCAGGUACAGCCCUGUGUUUUGUGUGCCAAAUGCGUCGUAUGGAUUUCUGUCUGCGUUUGCAUGGGUGCAGGAUGGAAUCGUGGCUCAGGCCGCCCAGACAGCUAGUGAGAAGGGCGUUCCUUUCGUCUCGGCGACCGGCAAGUGAGACGGCAAAUGCCUCACCACUCAGUUAAUACCUCCCUCUCCCUCUGUGCGCGUCCGCAGUGACGGCAUCAGAGCCUACCAGGCCCAGUUUAGAGACGCCGGCAUCCCAACGGCCAUAAGGAGCCCGACGGGGGAAGUGAUCAUCCUGACAACACAUGAUUUUGACCCGUCGGAUGGGGUUGUCGACCACCAGGUAUGGGGCAGCAAGGAGCCAGGCGACAAGCACCUGCCGGAACACCUGCCGUCCCCUAUUUCCUUCAGGUGAUCUAUGUUCCGGUAUUCGAGUCGUUUGGCAUUAACUUGCAGUGGUCGGAGCCGUCCUUUUCAGCGUCAGAGGGUCCGACGGGGUCGGGUUCAGACCUGGAGGUCAUUCUAUUCGAUAUGGCUGAUAAUCCGCUGAGCCUCCGCCUCGGCUCCGGUGCGGCCGGUGGAAUCGACCGCAACAUUGGCAGAGAUGCCGUCGAGUUGAUGUUCUUUACAAAUGACGGAGAUGUCGAUGUGGACGGCGUCCCCGGCCCUGACACAGCCUUCAAGCUCAAGAUUCUGCUGUUCGAGGGGCCGGCUCCGAAGCUGAUGCGGUACCUUUGGACCCCGCUGGGGGGUGUUGCGUACCCGCAGACUUUCUUCGAUGGCGCACCGACUGUCUGGGGGCAUCCAAACGUGCCGCUGUCCAUCGCCGUGGCAGCUGCCUAUGUAAGCAAAGUGUUACAAGCUCCACUCAUGAUUGAUGUCACAUGUGUGUGGCUGCCAUUCAGUAUGCCGACACGCCUCGUUUCGGGGAAGUGGAUCCGCCACUGGCUGAGUAUUUCACCACGCAUGGACAGACGCCGAUUCUCUUUGACAGGGACGGCAAUGCCACGUUGGAAAUGAGAAAGAAGCCCGACAUAGCCGCUGCAGUGAGACGACUUGUGGUCGACAGCCACACGAACAGGAUGGGGAUGCGUUGCUGUCUUUCUUUGUGUGUGUGCAGGAUGGUACCCACACCACUUUUUUUAAGGAAUUCGAGGACAACUUCGGUGAGCAGCCCCUGAUCCAGCCGACACGGCCACUCAUUUCAGCCUGUCUGUGCUGGCUCCAUGCAGACUUCUUCAACUUCUUUGGCACAUCUGCCGCAGCCCCGCACGUGGCGGCCGUCAUAUCCCUCCUGAAUGAAUGGCAGCCAGGCAUAAAGCCUCAGGAAAUUCGAGACGUGUUGUUUAAGACCGCCAUUGACAUGGAGGACUACAUCGACCUGAGCCAGCAGGGCCCGGGGGACUUCGACGUUGGCCACGACAAUCAGACAGGACAUGGCCUGAUGGAUGCGUACGCUGCCGUCACGUUACUCGGUAGGCGUGGAGGGUGGAUCAUCCUUUGCAUCCCUUGCCAAUUCCGUUUCUUGUCUGUGCGUAUGUCAGACAAGAUCCCUGUGUGUCUGACUAAGACCUCGGUGAAAGAGGUGGCCUGCGCCGGCAACAACGGGUCGCCAUGUAGAGGCACGUCAGGCGACGACGCACUGGGCGUCUCCGUGACGAGCAGCCAAGGCAGCGUGACAGCUGAUGCCCGGGAAGGCAACGACUGCAUUUCAGUCACCAUCACGGGCGACAACUCCGCACUAGAUCUUAUGCGAGUAGUGGGUGGCAGAGGCAGCGAUUACAUUGUUAUCGACGGCAAAGUGCCACCCAAAGCCAAAGUCGAGGUGUCCGGGGCAUCAAGUGGCGGAGACGAUGGUUCGCGAGACACCAUCCUGCUCAAGAUCGAGGCCGGGAGUGACGGCAGGGGAGUGGAGGUGACCGUCACCAAUUCGGGCGAGGGCAGCCUCAUAUCGGGAAGUUCCACCACUGAUACGAUCCUCAACUUCGGUGUGACCAAAGACGAGAAGUGCCGUGCUGAUGUGAUCAAGGUCGGUGGCCUGGGCUCAUCACAAUUGAGUUACGACGACUCCAGGGGAGAGGUCAGGGCGGGCGAUAAGCUGGUGGCCAUGAUAUACCCACCGCUGCCGAAGGAUGCCCUGACGAUUGACGGCAGCACCGUCACACGCACAUGCAGUUUCACCGGUGAGUGAGCCAAGCAGAUGACAGCUCAGCUGUGCUAUUCACCUCUGGUGUCAUGUCUGUGCAGUGUCUCCGUUCCAACAGCGGCCGGCUAUGAAGCUGCCGCCUAUUACAAGUCGCGUGGGGGCCGAAUUCAUUCCGUACAUUGGACUGAAGCCCGGCACACGUGACUUGCCCAUACGUAAGCGAAGAGCACUCGCCUUCCCUGCGUGACGGCAAGAUGUAUAUGUCUCCUGAUCUUGUAUCUGUGUGUGUGCAGCUGGGUGCCCGGCAAGCCUUCUGGACGACACCAACAGCGCAUUCGUCACCAAUCUCAUCCCCGAUGGGCCCCAGGCCAUCUGUGGCACCAGGAUUACCUUCGAGUCGACUGUUCUCGACAAGCCUCUACCGGUGUUCGAUCUCGAGAGGUUCGUCUGUAACGGUGCCUCCCUAGCGCAAAGGCUGCUCUUCGCCGAGCUCGACAGGCCAGGCUUCAUCGGUGCGGAGUAUCACAAUGAGGAGUCAAGGUCUGCGACGGUGAUACAUGUCUUUCGUGGAUGCGAGAGCGACUUUUUCUCGGAGCCAUCUGUCCUGAGGGGGGAGGUUCUGCUCGGUCCUGUCUUCAUCGCUGAACCAGGUCUUUAUGCCUUUCUUAUCAACAACUUCUUGUGCGACAUUGGCAUUACGGCCGACGUGACGAUCACGUGCCCAGAGCCGUCAUCUGCUGGAGUGGUUGAGCCCCCAGGGAGGCCGCCCUUGCCACCGGAUGACCCUGGCAUUAUUUUAGAGCCGACCAAUGGGACGGCUGAAGAGCAGCUCUUUCUCUUGGCGCAUCGCGACAUACACAAUUAAGCGGGGAGACAGAUAGCUGUUGAAUGUGAGAUCUUGGUGUUUCAAUUUCAUAGAAUGUGUCAUGUAUGUGUACAUACACUAUAUAUCUGUUUGUCAUCAAUUGUACGUAUGUGCGUGCGCUUAGCGCCUUCGAUGUACUAAUGUAUACAUCGGCUUCAUUCAUGAGUGAUUUCUUCGAGAGAGACACCAACGAUUCACGCUUUGUCUCACCAUCGAUAGUGUAUGGCUUAUGGAUCGGAUGUUGUUUGCAUGAAUGGAG